CUUGAAAGUAGGCAUUGUACUUCACUGUACUCAGUCCUAAGUGUUAAAUAAAUUUUUUAAAUGCAAUAAAAAUGCUAAAGAUGAACUUACUGUUAAAUGUCAGAUAAGGUGUGUGUGUGUGUGUGUGUGUGUGUGUGUGUGUGUGUGUGUGUGUUUUGCAUGUAUGUGUGGCAGGGUUAGGCACAAAAUGUGUUUGUGCAUGUAGGUACCUUCACUGUUAUUCCUCAGGUGCUCUCCACCUUGUUAUCUUGAAACACUUGAAACAGGGACUUUUGCUGGCCUGGAACUCAUAAUCUAGUGGGCCAGGGAGCCCCAGUCAUUCCCAUAUCUCCAUACUGCCAGUACUAGUAUUGCAAAUGCAUAAUAGUGAUUUAAACGAACAAACAAACAAACAAAUACAUGAUUCUAAGUAUCAAACUCAGGUCCUCAUACCUGUAUGGCAAGCACUUUACCAACUGAACCAUCUCCCCAGAAGCCUUGAAUGUCUAUGCACCUUAAUGUACAUACAUUCAACUAUUAAGACUUUCCCUAUCAACUAGAACAUUAUACACAAUGAAAUCUCUUCCUCUUAAAUUGGCUCACUAAGAGUUAAUCAGAAAAUCUUUAGUUUCAACCCUCCUCAAUUUCCAAGUCCCCUUUGCUGCCAUAGUCCAUCUGGCCCUAUGAACAUAAUUGCAUCUCCCUCUGAUGAGUCAGUGAGUUGCUGGACCUCGGGGCUGUGAUGCUGACCAUCAAUUAUCAUUGCGUAGGACAAAAGAUAUAGAUGUGGAAGAGACUGAGUAUUGAACUGCAUCUGAACGAGUCUAGCAUAGCCUGUGGAAACCACUUUGUUGAAUAAAUCCCUUGUCAGUUUGUUCCUACUGUUAGGGCUUUUUUCGUCUAAAAACUUGCUCAGUUCAAGGAGAAAAGAAGGGAAAAACCCAAUGCUGUAUUAUGUCUUUCUGUGGAAAAUGGGAGCAGGUCUACUCACCUCCUACAGGGCACUGGUGACAAACCAAAGAAGGAUGUCAGCUCAGUUUCCUUUAGUCAACCAGUGACUUUAUUAUGGUUAUUUACAAGAGCAUGGGGGAAGGGUUACUGACAUGAGCACAGGUAAGGGGUAACCUACAGGAACAUAGGUUAAAGAUUACUCACUCGAUCGUGAAUGAGUGCUAACCUGAAGGGACAUGGGUGAAGGAGGGUUUUUCUGCUAGAACCGGAGUAAGGCCUUCCCUACAGGAGGAAGGGUGAAUAGUCAUUUUUCAGGAGCUUGAAUGAGUGGUUAGAGGAGCCUGCAUGGCUCAAAGACAGCUGCUUCACCAAAUGCCCACCUCCCCAUGGGUUAAGACUCUUGAUAUCUCUAUCAGUGUACUGCCCUACGUGACUUGCAGGCAGUUCAACCCCUGGGAGUCUUCUCUUCUCAGCAAUUUCAUUCCUGGUUGGAUGGUCAUGGGGAAGAGCCUUGUAAGUCCGGUAACUUUCAGGAUUUUUCAGAGCCUUCCAAGUUAACUUUAUUUCCUAGGACUUGACAAGCUUCCUUCUGGGAUGGAGUGCUUCACUUUGGAGGAAAGAACUACAGAAUCCAAAUCAGGAUCCGAACUAAUAGGGUUCAGAAAGAGUUCUGUCAAUGUUUGCAUUCAAACCAGCCUCUCUAGUCUAAGACAGUCCUCUUACUUUAUAGAUAGGAACCUGAGCCCACAAUACUGAGACUAACUGGAGAGGGAUGGGGGUGGGGGCAACCCUUAACUGUUUACUUCACCUUUCGGUGUUCUUCAUUAUCACUGGAGAGAGUCCUGUUUGCUUGUUUUGUCUGGGGUUUACUUUUACUUUUACAUAAUCCUUUGAUUGAGAGUGGAGAAUGUGAGAAUGUCUUGCCCUGCCAGUCAUGAGAAUUGGUCUCAAGUUCUGUGUCUAAUUCUUAGACAAGCCAUUCUAUGUCUUAAAUAUUACUGAUAUUUAGUAUUCUGAAAUGUAGAAAAUUGCUCCCAAGUUUUCAAGAGCAGCGAGUCUUCUCGUAGUCCAGUUGUACAUGGUCCAAAUAUAUAAGGUAAGAAACACUAAAAGCCAUCAAAGAUUGACUAGGGCUAGCAACUCCAAAUUCUGUGUGUAAUGCUAAAAAUGUUAGUGACAUUGACUCUCGUCAACAUGUGCAAAGUGGGAACAGGGAUGGGGGAAUAAUUCUUAAUAAUUUUUACAGCAAAGUGAAAAAUUAAGGAAAGGUAAAGUACCAAAUGGGAGGUGAUUUCAAUAGAGGAAAAAAAAUCCAUCGAAUCUCUUCUGUCCAGGCUUUCCUCAUAUGACAGUGGCAGAAACUGGAGGAACCCUGGUGGAGGUUUGAGAUUGUAUAAUCACCUGCCAGUCCACAGGUGGCCCACCUAGACCCAAAAUGAUGCACUGUUCAUGAGGUACCCACCUACUCAGGAGAAGCCGAAGCCCAGAUCCCCAUCUGUGUCUGCCUCCGGCUUUGACCUUGCCUAUCUGCCAGCUGUUUGUCAUGUUGCCAGCAUCAGCACCAUCAGAGCUUGUGCCUCGGGUGUCUUUCAUUUUACCAGUCUGUCCGUCCUCACAUCCGUGCUCACAUCCAUGCUCAUGUCCGUGCUCACAUUUCUAGGAUCAGCUUGAGGUUUUCCUUUGGCAGAGAGUUAAGUCUGUCCCAGCCGCUAAGGUGGAGCUGCAGUCUUAGCUCUCUCCUGUUUAGUUGCUUGUCUAUGAAGUGAUCAGCUUUCCCUUCUAAUUCAGUCGUUGACAUUAGAAACAGGGGUACAACCCGUAACAGGAGUGGCUCACAUGUAUCCCUGGAGUCUUUGGAGGGGCCAGCCAGCUUGCUAUUGCCCAUCCUCAGGCCUGUCAUCCUCUUAUCUGAUUAUCACAUCUAUUAUAGAAUCACAUGUCAGUUGAUAUCUACUUGAAAGCCUUCUUAUACAUGUCUCUUAGUGCUCUGGACUGUGUCAUCCAGAUCCCCCACUCUUCUGGUUAAGUCCAGCCUCUACUCUCACUGUAGCGUUUAUUAGUGCCAUUGUGGUCUAGCACCAGUAGGACACGAUGAAGAGCGCAUGCGUAUUCUAACAGCUGGUACGUCUUGGCACUCUCUUCCUCCCAACUUCAGCCUCCCGCUGUUCUCCCAUGUUUGCACGGAUACCCUCAUACUACAGGCAAACAUUUUGUCCUCAAAACAGAGCUUUCUUUUACGUUGGCCAGAAACAAAAUGGUAAAAGAUGUAGGCAGUGAGAACUCUUUUUCUAGCUUCUACCAGAAGGCGAUUCUGUAUGAAGAGUCACCAUCUGGACUGUGUGAAGCUGUAAAAUGACCUUUUCUCACUCUUACCAUCCAAGUUUCUGGAAGAAGGUCAGCAAACAAAAUCCUCCCCAGAAGUGAGUCAGAGCCUGAGAACCCGUGUCUUUCUGCUUCCCUUCACCGCUCCAAGUAGCAGCAGAGGCAUCCGCUCUGAUUCCAGUUGGACUCGGUUCAACACAUUAAUCUUGGAACAGAAUCACAAGACGGUUCUACAAUUUUGAGACACAGAGUGCCUGUCAGGAUAUAUUCAAACAACUGUGUUUAUAAUAACUGUCAUAUACUAGAACAUAGGGCAUUGCAGAUACAUCCCUGGUUCUACAAACACAAGAAUCUGAUUAUUGUUCUCCAUUUUCUUUUUCAUGUUGAAUUUCACUGACUGGAAUUGCUUUGCCACAAUAAAAUUCUCCCAGAAGCCAACACCAAAAUUUGUGGCUAGUUGUCAAACCAACCAGAGUGCUAUUUGCCUGCACAACACAUAUUCAUUCUUUUCUUCCCCUAACUUAAAACGGCCCGAAUAGCUGAGAAUAACAAUGCGUGCACUUUUGAGAAGACUAAAUUUCCCAGCAUCCUUUGAAUAGAGAAGUGCUCAGUGCGAUGUAGGAUGGGAAUUGUUCCUGCAUCUUCCAAGGUCUUCAGUGGCUUCUUUCCAUUUUUCUGACACCUUUUUAUUCUUUCUUCACAUCUCUUCCCUCACCCCCCAACCUGCAAAUGCUAGAACUGACGGCUAUAACUGUGUGGAUAGUAGCUGUUAUAUCCUAAAGUCUAAUAGGUAGAGGAAGAGUGUAAUCCAGGGACACUGAGACGCUCAGGAACCCCCAGCUAUACGUGUGGUUACCGCACGGAAUAUGGAACCACCAUCCUUUACUCUCCUUAGCAAGGUUGUGCAAAAGCAUCCUGUAAUUUGCAUAAAUCUUCGUGCUCUCUCGUCUCUUCAAACUAGCUGAACGGUCUCCUCAUCGUGGAUAGACUUACUGUGGUGGCUUGAAUAAGAGUGGCCCCAAAGGCUCGUGUAUUUGAAUGCUUGGUCAUCAGAGAGUGGCAUUACUUAAGAGAGACUGGGAGGUGUGGUUUGUUGGAGAAAGCCUGUCACUGGGAGUGGACUUUGUGGUUUGUGCCCGUGGAUUUGGAUGGAGAACUCUCAGCUGUUUCUCCAGCACUGUGUCUGCCUGCAUGCCAAGAUGCUCCCUGCUCUGGUGACAAUGGACCUAGAUUCUAAAACUAAUGGAAGAAACUGUCCGAAGUCUGUUACAGAGCCAAGGAUCUCCAGAGCAGAAAAAGGAAGAACCUGCUAAGAUCACAGCCUACCAGGAAAGAGUAUCUGAAGAAGAGAGAAAAGAGCAAGCAGCACUGGGUGAUCUCCGUGUGGAGGCUGAUGAGGACUCCAGGAGCGAACACAGCAGUACUGAGGGGGGGAAAGAGGACAGCAGACUGCUCCUGAAGAGACUGAAGGCUUUGGAGGCGGAGAAUUCAGCCCUGGCUCUGGAAAACGAGAAUCAGAGAGAACAGUAUGAGAGAUGUCUUGAUGAGGUAGCCAACCAAGUUGUUCGAGCUCUACUCACUCAAAAGGAUCUAAGGGAGGAGUGUGUAAAGUUGAAAACAAGAGUGUUUGACUUGGAGCAACAGAACCGAGCACUCAGCAUCCUGUUCCAACAGCGAGUCAGACCGGCUUCUGAUGUCCUCCUCCAGGAACACCUCCAGAACGCAAAAUCAGGAGCCCCUGCCUUGAAACACUCUGGCUCAGGGGUUGUCAUCCCUGAUCACCCCUGUCCUCGAAACAGCUGCAGCAGUGGCAGCGAGCUAUCGCUGUCAAGCACCUGCAGCGAGUACUCCAGUGGCUCCUCCUACACGUGGCAAGACAGGAAGCUCAAUGGGAAAAGGCAAACAUCACAGAUCUGGGAUAAAAGACUGAGUAUCGAUUCUUCGCUCCCAAGUGGCUUCACCAGCCCCGCAGAUGAACUACCUCCAACCCGUAUCAAAGAAAGCCACAUUUUGGAAGGGCUGAGGAAGCUACAGAAGCGGAAAGUGUUACUUGAGUCACCAGCGUCAGUGAUGAGCAAAUGGGGUUAUAAAGAUUGCAUGAACUCGAACGAAGGGAUCUAUUCGCCCGGGAUUAAAAACAGCAGCCUUAAGGAGUGUCCCCCCUGCCAGUCACCUGGCAGAGGGAUCCCAUGCCAGAAUCUCCAUCAGACCUUCAACUAUGAUGCAAAUUCUCAUGAGUAUGCACACGAAGAAUUCCUAUCCUCAGCCUCGCCAAGAACAUCUCCAAGCCAGGGCUGCAGGAUACAGAGCAGUAAAUUGACACACAGUGUUUCAGACAGUCUAUUCACCUGGGAGCCACAUAGAAAAUACUUUGCAGAAGGUACAGCCUCAGUUUAUACCAGAGAAAUGCCUGAAAGGCUAACUCGUUGUGCUAGCCACUGCCCCUUAGAGAGGAAACUGUGCCCCAGCGUUCACCUGCCCUGGGUGCAAAGAGACAGGGACCCACACAGCCAAGGUCCUGGCCAUGUACCUCUGAACCUUCAACUUUCAGAUACUGAUGACAAUGAAACCCUACAUGAGCUGCACAUAGAGAGCAGCGAUGAGAGAAGUCCUUCAGACUUGUCCUUGACUGGGGACACCGACAGGUCCAUGGAGAACCUAGGGGUGAAAUUUGGAAAGUCUGAAUGUGUCUCUCAUGAUAAGGGGAAAGAAGAAUGUCCCACCCACUUAGAGACUAGUCCAAAAGCAUUCAGCUUCAUCAAGCAGCAAAGGGUUGUCAAGAGGACCUCUUCAGAAGAAUGCGUAACAGUUAUAUUUGAUGCAGAAAAUGGAGAGCCUGUGGAAUUCAGCUCUCACCAGGCUGGAGUUGUCACUGUCACCAGGGAUGAAAUUUCCAUCAGCUCAACCCCUGCUGGGCCCUCAGAGGAACUCACUGAACUUUCACCUCAGGGAAUUACUCAUUUCCAGCCAGGGGCUACUGCAAGAGACUAUCCUUUUCUGGGGAGACCUGAAGAAGAGCCUAAGACAAACAUUCCAAAAGAUGAAAAUGGUAUUCUCACAGCUCCGAAUGACUCAUUUAACUCUCCAACUACAGUAACUCAGAAUUCCCCACGACCAAAGCUUGUUAAACCAACACAAGGAGUAGCCUGGCAGAGUAAUUCUAGAUCUGUGGCAAACAUGAGUGUCUACACAAAGCAAGGUCUGACAAAAAUUCCUUCCAGAAGCAAGAUUUCACCUCAAAAAUCAAAACUGGUGGACCCUAUGCCUACCACCCUAGUCCCUUCCAGUGGCCUAGGGACUCUUGCAAAAACACCAGCAUCCCCUACGGGGAAACUCUCACAGUGUACAAAUGCAGAGAGCCCUGGUACUUUCUGUGAUGUACAGCCAGAAUCACACAUUCCAAAACACCCCACCCAGCUUCCUCAUAUCCCCAAAAUUUCCAAUAAGAAGAAUUGGGUUCAAUGCCCCAAGAGUCAGACUGCAGGGAUCCAAUCAAGGCAUCUCAUGGGGAAAAGUGAUAAUGGCGAAUCCCCCACGAGGGCCAAACGCUGCGGCUCUGAGCCAAAGACAAGAAUGAGGUCUCCCUCCCCUCCAACUCCUCCAGGGAGGUCAGUCUCCCUCUUGGUCAGACCCAGUUAUGACUAUCCACCACUACCAUCACCUGCCAAACCUGAAACUAAGGCCCCUGGUGACACCGUAAGUACAGGGUUGAAGUCCCCAGUGUUGAAAGGAUCCUCUGCUCCCCUCGUCUCUUCCAGUCCAGCUAUGUCAGAAAUACAGAAGAAACCAUCUGUGGCAUCCAGGAAGUCUGCUUUCCCUACAGCUCUUCCCUCCACCCAAGCAGUGGUGCAUACCCGCUAUCCUGAGCACACAUCCUCCAGCCCAUUUGCCGUGACGGCUCCAGGGCCUACAAAAGUCUCUCCAAAAAGAGGUAUCCCUAAAGCUCCCCAUCCCCAAGCACUUGGAACCACCCACAUGGACACAGACUUACAGACACCCAAGACUCGCCCUUCAAGCUAUGAACUACUAGAGAUGACAUCCUGUAAAAACUUGUCUCCAGGGAGAAAAGGACAGUUAAGUGACAGCACUGUGACGCCCCACAGGCCUUCCUUCUCAGGACCGAAUGAAUUCUUGACACCUCAGGUUAAUAGUACAUCCUCAUCUUCCUCAUCCUGUAGAAACCAGGGCACCUCACAAGGUGGCCAAAAUCCUCCCGAGAAAGGACCGAAAACUCGCCUCCCAGUAGGACUCAGAGUUCUCAUGAAGUCUCCUCAGUUGCUCAGGAAAACGUCUAUGGUACCAGGGAAACAAGAAAAGGAUAGCUUAAAUGAAGCGUCUCGAAGUUCUGUGACAGCGAACAAGUCUAAUCCUGAGGACUCCAAAGACCCUGCAAGUCUGGAGACCUCAAGAGAUGAGAGAACCACAGCCUUACUAGGUCUGAGAGGUCCAGAGAGUCUAGCUAGAGGUCUUGGCUUAGAGUCAACACCACCAGAGUCAUUGGAAAGCAGCAUCUCCAGAGAUGAUGGGAGAGACGGGGUAGACAGCAGAGCCAUAAAAAGAUCCUUCUCCUCCAGCAAGCCACACCUAAAGCCUGCUCUAGGCAUGAAUGGAGCCAAAGCUCGGAGUCAGAGCUUCAGCUUCCACUUGGGAGAGAAGCCUUCCACACCCCCAAUAGAAGGGCCAGGCAAGAUUCGAACCCAGAUUAUUACCAACACGGCUGAGAGAGGCAAUUCCCUCACUAGACAGAACAUCUCCAUGGAGGGGUCCCCAAGCAAGACUCCCUCUGUUUCAACACCUGAUAAUCUGCCCAAUGCUGGAAGGCCCCUGGGAAAUCCCUUUUCCAGGCAGGGUUCUCUCUGUAGCACAGGAAGUUCUAGUAGCCAGCAUGGAAGCCCAAGCAAGUUACCUUUGAGGAUGCUCACAAGGCCAGAAGGACUCCUCACUCCUGAGGAGGAAGAUCAACGGUUCUCUACUCAGGAAGAAUGUCCCGGGAGAGGAGUACAUGAACAAUCUAGCAGUAACCACCAUAGGCAUCCAUCAUCUACUCUAUCAGACUGCCCUCAAUCCCUGCAAGUCCCAGGGAGGAUACAGCGUCCAAGCAAUUUGGAAACAAAUGGGAUAUCUAAGCUAGAAACUUCUGGAAGGCAUCCAGAUGCUUCUCCAACUGGGACUAGUGUCGUGAGCCCAGAAGCCCCCCUCUCACCCUCCAUCGAAGAAAAGGUCAUGUUGUGCAUUCAGGAGAAUGUGGAAAAGGGCCAAGCACAGACAAAGUCCGCCUCUGUGGAAGUGAAGCCUAGGGCAGGGCCUUCAUUCACCAGCUGGUUUGGUUUUCGAAAGAGCAGGCUUCCAGCUCUCAGUAGCAGGAGAAUGGAAGCUUCCAAGAGUAAAGUGGAAAAGAAAGAUACAAAACUGAAAUCCGAGAGGAAAAAAGAAAAGAAGAAAGCUGAAGUACAAUCGAAGAGAGAAAACGAACUGAGUAGGGGUACCAAAAAGGCAGAUGGUCAGAGUCCAGACGAUGGUUUGCAAAACACAGAGAGUCUGAAAGCAACCCAAGACAUUUAUAACCAAAUGAAGUCAGAGCCAAGGAAUAGACCCAGCCCUGCUGUGAGCCCAACAAAAGAUGCCUUCAUGACAGAACUUCUAAACAGAGUUGAUAAGAGAGCCGCUCUACAGACAGAAAGUGGAUCAAAAGGUGUCUCCUGCAGGAGCGUGUUAGAGGGCACCUCCCAGGGCUCCUGUUUCGCCAGCGGCUCUGUGAGCACUCAAGGAAGUCAAAAGAAAAACAUCAAAACCAAAGUCGAUAUGGAAAAACCAAGAGAAUCCUUGGGGGCAGAAGUCGACGAAGAUGUACGAGAGGAUGAAGAAGAUAGAGUUGCUGACGCUGCGCUCCAAAGCCACGUAAUAGAAUCGAACUGCCAGAUGAGAACAUUGGACAGCGGGAUUGGAACCUUCCCCCUCCCAGACUCAGGAAAUCGCUCAAUGGGACGAUAUAUAUGCCAGCAGGACUCCCCAGAGGACACUGAUCCCCUCCUGCCUCUCCAGCCAGCCCCUUCCAUGCCAUCCUCUGCCAGAGCCCAAACCCUUGACCGUGAAGUGCCUUCCUCCACAGACAGCCAGAGCUCCUCAGAGUCCACGAUCAUCCAUUCCGUAUCUGACCCCAGCAUGAUGGCCAGAGGGAUAAGAGCCUCACAGAGUCACCUUCCCAAGCCCACCACCUCAGGAAAAACUAGUUUUGAAAAGCAGAAUGGAGCAGAGUCAAAGGCUACCACUGGCCCAUCAUUUGAAUAUGCUGAGGAUGCAGUGCCAAGUGAGCCCCUUUCAGGAUGGAGGGGCGAAGAUGCUACUACUGAGAACCAGGAACUGAAACAAGUUGAAGAAACAAAAGAAGAUCCUGAGAAUAGAUUAUCUGAAAUUUCCCUGGAGUCAUUCAAUAAAUUUAACAGCAAUACUGUGAUUUUAUUAGAAAAAGAGCAGUCUCCAAGUGAGGUUGAAGGACAAAAGGAAGAAAAAGGCAAAGAGACAGAAGUUUCUUUGAGUAGCUCGGAUAGGCCUGGGGUGGACCACGUGGAGUCUCUGAGUGACUCUCUGUAUGAUAGCUUCUCCUCGUGUGCAAGUCAAACUUCCAACGCCUAGCGGAAGAGCAUCCCUCAGUGAGACUCAUGCAUGGUGCACAGACUCCAGAGCUGGGGAUGCAGAAGCACUAACUCCAGAGAAGCUGAUAGCAGCCAGUACACCAGCGUUUGCUUCUCUCACGGACUGAUAAAAAUCGCCUCUACUCACUGUGUUUCAAGAGGGUUAAAAAAGCAAAAUAUGAUAGAGAAUUCUCAAUGUUUGCACUUUUUUUUGAGUAUUUGUACAAAAGCUGUAAAUUGGGGGGGGGAAGAGAAAUUAUAUUUGUAGGGGAAGAAGGAUAGCAAUAAAAAGUUGGCGCCAUGCUCUUGAAAUGAUGCAUUAAGUUCUAGAAGUCGAUAAUAUAUAUUUUUUAAAAACCCCAACUAAAGAUUCUGUGAAGGUAAUCAUCUUGGCCAUCAAGUCAUUUGUGCUUAUACUGUGUCAACUUAAGUGUGGGGUGGGCAGAAAAGGGGGGGGGUUUGCGGUCAUCUCUGUUUCUCAAGGUCUGUUGUCUCUCUCCAUUGGAAUUUGAAGGGUGGUCCAAUUUCCAAAUUGUCUGGAGGACAAUUGUGAUGAUAUAGGUGUUCUCUUGUAGAAUUAAGGGUGGGCACUGAUUAGGUGGCACCAGAUGGCCAAAGGGAGCAGAUCUUAGCAGGCUUCCCUCCCAGCAUCAUCUCCCAUCUUAACCGUAUUUCUCACAAUUCUGAGUGUUUAUUGGUGGGUUUUGUUUUUUUUUUGUUAAAUCUCCCUGCUUUUUUACUAUUAUUAAAAACCUGGGUACUCUAUUUGUCAUAUCUACUUUAUAAAAAUAAAUGAAUGGUUGGUGCUAUGAAACCUUCUUACUUUUUUAAUAUCCCUUUUCUUAUUAAAGACUGUUUAUAUGGGAGGAUAAAUUCUAUUUUAAAGGUUAUGUGUAUUUUUUCUAGACGUGAACUAUUUAUAAUUCCUUCUGUACAGAAGCCUGCAGACCGGGCAGGGUAGAACUGUCUAGGUUUUGUGGGUCACCUUAGCACACUUGUGUCUUUAUAGAGUACUGUAUGGCCAGUGUUACUGUAUUUGUGCAAUCUGUUGUGUUUGGAUUUCCUUACCUUAAAUUCGAGCUGCGUAAAGCAUCCUUGUCUGUCAGACUUUAAAAAUCCUUUUGUUUUCAUUUCAUUUCGGAAUAAAUGUCUUGUCACAAUUA